CCUUGCUCAUUCAGAUCUCGGAUCUGGCCCACAGACGGAGAUGGACAUUUGUGUACACAUCCCUGCUCGGUCUCCUCGGAGGCCGACACUAUAUUCCCACCGAUGGGAUGUCACUGAGUCCUUGCAAUGGCGACCGAGGAGUCCGAGAGGAGAUUCCACGACUCUUGCCCCAACAACUCGACACAGCUUCAGGUAGCUGCAUUCAAGCCCGAAUAGCUGGCAUGGACUCAAGGGCAACUGCAUGCGACUUAUGCCGAUUGCGCAAAGUUCGAUGUGACAAAAGCGUACCUUGCUUCAACUGUCGUCAGUCGUCGCAGGACUGCACAUUCACAGGCGCUGGUCAGAAGCCCAAGGUUCCUCGCCAGAGGGUUCAUGUAUCCCUGCAGUAUGAGGAGAAAAUCGACCUUUUGGAUAAACGCUUAGCCAGUAUCGAGUCCUUGCUGCUCAGACAACAGCAGCGUGAGGCGUCAACACAAUGCUCGUGCUCAGGAUUGACGCCUGAAAAGGCCCUUUCAGAGGUGCCGCUCUCGGUGAAGGAUACGCCUCACAUCGCCACAGAAUACGAUGCAGCAGAUGAAGCUCCACCGGUUGAAGGCCCCUCCUCACUGAGGUUCCAGAUGGCAGCAACAAGAAGGCUCACAGAAAGUGCGGCCAUCGAGCUGGGCGCCUCAUGCUACGUGAAUGCCGUUGCUAGUGCGCAUAGAGUCGUAGGAUCCCAGAGCCCAGCAGGAUGUUCCCAACGACACUUGGCCCAGAAACCCGUAACUUACCGAAACAUGCCUCUGCCGCCAAUAGCCGCUGUCAUUGGCGUGCUUAGACAACUGAAAGACAACCCUCCCAGCAGUUUCUUUGUUUUGAGGUGUUUUCUCCCAUGCUCGGACUUCAUUGACCUCUGCCGGAACGUCUACUUCUCCGUCGACGACUACACUGCCAUUGACUUCAUUAUAGUGAACUCGGGCCUCCAUUAUCUUUUCACAGAGUACUUUUGUCCCCCUAGUGUGGGACAGUCUGAGCUUCGGAAACAGUCCCUCGCCUGGGGGGCAAUGUGCAGGAACGCUCUCACGGCCGCGGUGGCAACCAUAGAUGCCGGUUUAUCUGCAAAAGCCAAAAACGUACAAGCAUUGAUCCUCGGCACAACGCACGCCAUCGAGAUGGCAAAACCGUGGCUGGCAUGGAGAUUGAUAUGCUUCGCAGCGCAGCUUUGCAUGGCUGCAGGCUUUCAUGACGAGAGUCUUAUUGUAGCUGAUGACGAAAGUACGAGGAACGCCAAAGCCUUGUUGUUCUGGCAUGUCUACGGGCUCGAAAAGAGUCUUGCCUUGCGCGUGGGCAGAGCCUCCAUGAUUGGAGACUCUGAUAUUGACAUACCCAAAGGGCUCAAUCUGGUCUGUCUACCAAGGCUGUGGGACAAAGUGGUGCCGUUCUGGGUCUCGAAUGCCUCAAUUCACAGCAAGAUUUACGAUCUGCUCUAUAGUCGGAGCGCACAGCUUGUCUCUCAGGAAGACUUGUCUGAUCGAGCAGAUGGCCUGCUUGCUGAUCUCAAGUUGAUAGAGCCCGUUAGUGUGGUCAACUCAAGGGUUGCUUCUGCCAAUAGUACCAAACCAACGACAAAAUUGGAGGACGUUCUUGCGAUAUCCGCCAAAGUUAUGUACUAUACGACAGGAACUCUGAUAUGCAGGGCAAGAACUUCCCGAGCUUCUGUGCCGUCUUUCUCACCGGACUGCUUGGCAUAUGCACGCGCGACAAUUGACGCCCAUCUUGAGUGCGUUCCCUUGAUGAGCGGCGACUUACACAUUGUGAAUCUCUAUCUCCAUUGGAGACUGCUUCAAACCCCUUUUAUUCCACUCCUGGUGGUAUUUUGCCACAUAGUCGAGACCCAAGACACGAGGGAUGCGCAAAGACUUAAAUGCUUUGCAGACAGCCUUGAGGAGGGAGCCGAUCUGUCACCUUCUGCAACGGACUUUUAUGACAUUACUCGGCAGCUCUAUAUGAUCGCAGAAAAGCACAUCGAGACAAGUAGCGAGCAAGAUUGGGCGGCUGUCCCGUCUCUGUCAACGCUGGGGCUCACCCAAUUUUAUCCGGCUAAUGCUAUGGGGGGAAAUUACCAACUGGCGGCUGAACAUGUGCAGUCUAAUCAGGACAUGGAGAUGAUGUUUGGUGGGGAGCAGGUCAUGGGCUUCUUCUAA